UCCCCCUCGCCCCCCGCCCCCCAAGCCAAUUAAAAAAAAAUUUUUUUUGGAGGGGGGGGCAGGGAAAUUAGAGACCUUAGGAUCCAGACUCAGGAUCUCUGGGCUGCGCGGGACUGUUCAGAACCCACAAGAUUUCUAAGGAGACCAGAACUCAUCUGUGAGCCCUCCGCUCUAUUCUGGGUUGCUGUUGAAAUUUGCCUUUACAGCUACCAGACUUGAAGAUGCUGCGAGCGCAGAGGCCAAGACUGGCCAGGCUGAGAGCCUGCCUCUCCAGAGGUCUCCACCAAAAGCCAGUGAUGGCACUCCGGAGAGAGGAUGUGAAUGCCUGGGAGCGCAGGGCACCUCUGGCUCCCAAGCACAUCAAGGGCAUCACCAAACUGGGAUACAAGGUCUUGAUACAGCCUUCCAAUCGCCGGGCCAUUCACGACAAGGAGUAUGCCAGGGCUGGCGGCAUUCUUCAGGAGGACAUCACAGAAGCUUGUCUAAUUUUGGGAGUAAAAAGGCCUCCAGAGGAAAAACUGAUGUCCAAGAAGACUUAUGCCUUCUUUUCCCAUACAAUAAAGGCCCAGGAAGCCAAUAUGAGUUUGUUGGAUGAGAUCCUGAAACAGGAAAUCCGACUCAUUGAUUAUGAGAAAAUGGUGGAUCACAGAGGGUCUCGGAUAGUGGCAUUUGGACAAUGGGCAGGUGUGGCAGGAAUGAUCAAUAUUUUACAUGGAAUGGGUUUAAGGCUCCUUGCUUUGGGACAUCAUACACCUUUUAUGCAUCUUGGCAUGGCUCACAACUACAGGAACAGCAGCCAGGCUGUGCAGGCUGUCCGCGACGCAGGCUAUGAGAUAUCCCUGGGUUUAAUGCCAAAGUCAAUAGGACCCUUAACAUUUGUGUUCACGGGGACUGGCAACGUAUCAAAGGGAGCCCAAGAAGUCUUUAAUGAGUUACCUUGUGAGUAUGUGGAGCCCCAUGAAUUAAAAGAAGUUUCAAAAACUGGAGACCACAGGAAAGUGUAUGGGACGGUGAUAAGUCGCCAUCAUCAUCUUGUCAGGAAAACAGAUGGUGUGUAUGAUCCUGUAGAAUAUGAGAAAUAUCCCGAGCGCUACAAAAGUCGUUUUAAUACAGAUAUUGCACCCUAUACAACUUGUUUAAUUAAUGGAAUCUACUGGGAGCAAAACACCCCUCGCCUGCUAACUCGCCAGGAUGCUCAGAGUCUCCUGGCCCCAGUGAAGUCUUCAGGUGUUCCAAUUGAAGGAUGCCCUGAAUUACCACACAAACUGGUGGCAAUAUGUGACAUUUCAGCAGAUACAGGAGGAUCUAUAGACUUUAUGACCGAGUGUACUACAAUAGAGAGACCCUUUUGCAUGUAUGAUGCAGAUCAGCAUAUUAUUCACGACAGUGUUGAAGGCUCCGGAAUUCUGAUGUGUUCCAUUGACAAUUUGCCAGCACAGCUUCCAAUUGAGGCUACAGAAUACUUUGGAGACAUGCUUUACCCUUAUGUUGAAGAAAUGUUGUUAUCAGAUGCGUCGCAGCCCCUCGAAAGCCAGAACUUUUCUCCAGUGGUUCGUGAUGCAGUGAUUACAUCUAAUGGUUCAUUGACUGACAAAUACAAAUAUAUCCAGAAACUCCGAGAAAGCAGAGAACGUGUUCAGUUCCUUUCAAUGAGUCCCAAGAAGAAGGUGUUGGUGCUUGGGUCUGGCUAUGUAUCUGGGCCUGUUUUAGAAUAUCUGUCAAGAGACAACAAUAUAGAAAUAACAGUAGGCUCUGACAUGGUGAACCAAAUGCAACAGUUAAGCAAGAAAUACAAUAUUAACCCUGUUAGUGUGAACAUUGGUAAACAAGAAGAGAAGCUGCAAUCCUUGGUAGCGUCGCAGAAUCUUGUUAUCAGCUUGUUGCCUUAUGUGUUGCAUCCUGUUGUGGCCAAGGCAUGCAUCUCAAACAGAGUCAACAUGGUCACUGCGAGCUACAUCACACCAGCCAUGAAAGAACUGGAGAAGAGUGUGGAUGACGCUGGCAUCACAGUCAUUGGUGAAUUGGGAUUAGAUCCUGGUCUUGAUCACAUGUUGGCAAUGGAAACAAUUGAUAAAGCCAAAGAGCUGGGAGCCACGAUUGAGUCUUAUGUUUCCUACUGUGGUGGCCUUCCAGCCCCCGAAUAUUCAGACAAUCCCUUGCGAUAUAAAUUCAGCUGGAGUCCAGUGGGAGUCUUGAUGAACAUAAUGCAGCCGGCUAGCUAUCUGCUCAACGGGAAGGUUGUGAAUGUGACAGGGGGAACCUCUUUUCUUGACUCUGUCACAUCCAUGGAUUACUUCCCAGGCCUGAACUUGGAAGGGUAUCCUAACAGAGAUAGUACACGAUAUGCUGAAAUUUAUGGGAUUCCAUCUGCCCACACGUUGUUGAGGGGUACACUGAGAUAUAAGGGAUAUUCUAAAGCUUUGAAUGGAUUUGUAAAGUUGGGUCUCAUCAACAGAGAAGCAUAUCCUGCCCUCCUACCUGAGUCCAACCCCCUCACCUGGAAACAGCUCCUGUGUGACCUAGUUGGAAUUUCCCGCUCCUCUUCGUGUGAGAAGCUUAAGGAAGUUGUCUUUACAAAGCUGGGAGGGGACAGUACCCAGCUUGAGGCUGCUGAAUGGUUGGGCUUACUGGGGGAUGAGCAGGUCCCUCAGGCAGAGUCUAUUGUGGAUGCAUUCUCCAAGCACUUGGUCUCAAAACUCUCCUAUGGCCCUGAAGAAAAAGAUAUGAUUGUGAUGAGAGACAGCUUUGGCAUCAGGCAUCCCUCUGGACAUUUAGAAAAUAAGAUCAUUGAUCUUGUGGUUUAUGGAGACUUCAAUGGCUUUUCCGCAAUGGCUAAAACUGUGGGGUUACCGACAGCCAUGGCAGCCAAAAUGUUGCUGGAUGGUGAAAUUGAAGCCAAAGGCCUAAUGGGGCCAUUUACAAAGGAGAUCUAUGGGCCAAUAUUGGAGCGGAUUAGAGCAGAAGGCAUUGUAUUUAAUACACAGAGCACAAUCAAGCCAUAAAUGGGAAUUCAUUUUUCUAGGCAUCAAAGCUGUCAAUUUGUGUAUGACAAACUUGCUUAUCGAUGGGCUAAAGCGUGAAGUUUUAUGUUUUGAGCAUAACUCAUUUAAAACAUGAAGCAUAUGUUUUGAGUAAGUUAAUGCAAUGGUGUUUUUGAAACUCAAAUCUCUAUUUUAGUAAAACUUUUGGAGUAGAAGAUGACAGUCAUUACAGAGACCUUUAAUAAGUCUAUUGUAUAUUUUUGUGUGUAUGUAAAAGUGAUGGUGAUCAUAGUUUAAUUUAUUGUGCUUCUUUUUUCUUAUAAGAACAUAUCAGCAAAUGCAGUUCUACUAUUUUUUUGCCAGAAAAAAUUGCAUGUAGUUAUAUUUUUGUAUUUUUCAAAUUGAUUCUGCUAGACACAUUUAGAAUGACAUAUCUACAAUUGCAAAAGUAAUGUUUCACAUCUUUUGUAAAGUUAUGAUCUAUUUAAUAAAAUUUUUUUGAAAAUUAUUUUCUCUUGAAUUUUUGGAAAAGAGAAUUGAUAAAAUAAAUUCACAGUCCUCAUUAUCCUUUUAUUAGAAGCAGAGAAAGUGUUUGAAAAACUCUAGCACCCCUUCACGAUAAAAACAAAACAGAAAAACCCACCACAAAACACAUUACAAACUAAGACUAGAAAGGGAUGCCCUUAUAAAAGAUAGCCAUGAAAAACCCACAACUUGUAUCAUAUUUAAUGGCAAAAUACUGAAUGAUUUUCACCUAACACCACAAGUAAGACAGGAAUGUUGUCACUUGGCCACAGUGAUUCAAUCUGUAUUGAGGGGUUAGGCCAUGGCAAUUAGGCAACAAAAUAAGAUAAAAAAACAUCUAUACUCGAAAGGAAGAAAAUGAAUUCUAUUUGCAUAGAAUUUCCAAGAAUUGCAUGGGAAACCCAAAGACAUAGUGAAAAGAAUACAUCUGAAAAGAAAAUAUCUGAAUUUAUCAAUUCCGAAAAACUGCAGAAUCAGGAAUAACUUACAGCAUUUGCCUUUCUGUAAAGUAUGAAUGAGUGAACCAAAAGUGGCUUUAGAAAAACAAUGUCAACAGCAUCAAAAAGAAAAAAGUAGUAAGAUUGAGAGGUUAGAAGUGACACUCAUAUUUGUUCCAUUGCCUUUUAAAAAGUGUGCUAAGACAAUUCAAUGAAGAGAAAUACCUGUUCAUCAAAUGAUGAUUGAAAACAUGAAUAACCAGAAACAAUGAAGUUGGAUCACUGCCUCAUAGAAGAUAUAAGAACUAAGGAUGCAUCUAAAAAUUCUAAAAAAGAGUUAGCACUGUAAAAAUCUUAGAAUAAAACAUAGGCAUAAAUCUUCAUGGGUUUGAAUUAGGCAAUGGUUUAUUAAGUAAUUGAAGCAAAAAUCACAAGCAUCAGAAGAAAAAAAUAGACAAACUGGACAAAAUAAAAAUUAAAACCUUUGGAGUUUCCAAGGAAAGUGCUACAAAAUAAAAACAUACUUCCAAAGAACCCAGAGAAUCAGAUUUUUUUUUUGUAAAUCAGUUGUUUAGGGAAGAAUAUGUAGCUAGAAUAUAUAAAGAGCUGUUAUAAUUCAAUAUGAAAAAGAUAACCCAAUUUUAAUAGUGUUCAGAAGUUUGGAUUUGGCAGUUCCCUAAAGAUAUACAAAAAUUUAAUAAUAGUAUGAAAAAUUAAAACUAAUUCUACGGCAAGAUACUGCUUUAUACCCAUGAGAAUGGCAGGAAUAAAAAAAGAUAAUGAAUGUUAGUGUAUACACAAAGAUGUUGAAAGGAUUACUGAAGUAUAACCGAGAACAAUGGAGAAACCCUUAUAAAAACCUGUACCUGGAUAUUAAUAGCAACAUUAUUUGUAAUAUCUCAUCAGUUAAAAAAAUGAAUAAAUGUGAAAUAUCCACCCAAUGGACUAUUGCUCAAUAGUAAGAAAUGAGGUACAUGUUACGUAUGAUAUGGAUGAACACAAAGUAUUCUGUGACAGAAAAGGCCACUUAUUGUGUAAUUUCAUGUUGUGUCAUUCAGAAAAACACAUUUCUAUAUAGUGCUGGGAGAAUUGAGAGGAAAACGGAAUGACUACUAAUAAACCUUUUAACAAUGGCACAACUCUGAAUAUACUGAAAACCAUGAACUUGUACACUUGGAAUGUAUGAUCUAUGAUAUAUACAUAUAUGUAUAUAUUUGUACACACAUAUAUGUAUAUGUGCAAAUAUAUGCACAUAAUCUCCAACUUAUAAAAAGAUUAUAUUUCAAGUAAAAUGUAUUUGCUUCUUUACA